GCCAAUCAGUACGGCAAGUAGAAGUUAACACGUAGAUAAUUCAACACCAUGGGAUCAUCAUGAAGUAGAAGUCGUACGUUGUCCUUUUACUUCAGACGUUCUCAGAAAUCCCCACUUGCACAUCGACCAACUUCUAGCCGAGAGACUCUCCCUCGUACUUCUUUACAAGGAAAAACACUUACAAGAACUUGGUCUUAGUACCGCUUCUUCUUCUUCACAACAACAUUAACAAACAAGAUGGGUUGCACUGGAAGCAAAGCUGCUGGCGCCGAAGCAACGGCUGCCCCUGCUACCGCCGCCGCUGCCCCCCCUCAAAUGGCCGCCGAGAAGAAGGUCGAGGCUGGGGCCCCCAAGGCCCCGGCCAUGCCGCCACACAUGUCCGGCGUGCUCACUGUCAAGGACGAUGCGACGUUAUGAUGACAUUUUGAUUUUUUGCUCGUGGUCGGAUAUGUAUUUUAUUUGAGGAGGAGCGAGUAUAAUAUGUACAACAUGAUUCAUGAUAAUACAGAUCAUAGAAGACGAGUACCCACCUCCUACUUCUGCAGGUGGGGGAAACAUGAUCCCUAGGUGGUCCAUCUCCUCCCUUUAUUUCGCCUGAGGCAGAUAGCCGAGUUGUCGAUUCGUAUCACCAUUUCGGCACAACCUCUAAUGCCCGUCGAAGAAUACACUACUCUGUUCUGGUCUCAUGGAAGCUCCACUGAGAUCAACCUGCGCGGUGAGGUGCUGAAGGUCGCGGACACUCGUGCCAGCUUCUGUGACGAAUCCAAGUCUGCCAUCUAUGUCAACACGAAGAAGGAGAAGGAGCUCAUGAUCUCCUUGGACAACGUGGACUUGGCCAAGAUGGGUGCCUUGAUGGGCAGCGCCGAGUUUCAGAAGAUGGUACAACAACAACUCUCAUUAUACUUGUGAAAUAGUUGCAGUGAUUGUCGUGACGAGAGCUACUAGUAUUGAACUAAGCCGAGAAAAAUCUUGUCAAAAUACCACAGGGCGACACCCUCUUUGAUUUCAACCCUGCUGAGGACAUGAAGUUGCGUGGUCCGGACAUGCCAGCUGCGGAGAAGCAAGACAUGAGCGUUUGGCUUACCCUGAAGGAGGGCGUCACUGCGGAGGACUACCUCAAGCUCUUCUGGGCCCAUGCUGACAGCAAGACCUUGGAGUACGCCGGGGAGACGUAUGUUAUGAAGACCACAGUCAAUGUAAUGUCAACAGUAUGCCUUUUGUUCAUGUAUUUUGCGCGAAUCAGUCUUGUUCUCGACUGAAUGAAGAUUCCUUACUCAUUCCCACUUCGUUCCCCCGCCAACAUCUUAUUUUCCAUAGUACCCACAUAGACACCGCCCAGGCCUUCCUAGCAAAAAUGACUAAAACGAUUUCUACUUCCGUGUUUCCAAUGGACGACCAUCGACUCCCACGACCCUACUACUUCCGGAUCUCUAAGUUCCAUAUGCCUAUGACCCGUGGUGACUGCUGUGACGAGUCGAAGACCAAGGUAUUCCAGAACACCAAGAACGCAGCUCAGCUGGUCAUCUGCUGCUUCGGUGCGGACAUGGCUAAGAUCGGCGAGUUGAUGGGUGGACCCAUCUUCCAGAAGAUGGGCGAAAAAAUGUGGACCAUGGACAAGAUGGAGUACUUGAGCGCUGUGCCACCUCCGGUACUAAAACUUCUAAUCUCUUAGUCGUGCUGAUUAGUGGUAAUCUGGUAGUGCACUAAAAAUCUCUACUUAGUCUUAGUGCUGUUUAGAUUUAGUGGAGUACUUUCGAUAAGAUUGAUUUUUACGUGAGGGUUGUUCCGUCGCGAGUACUGCUUUCCGAGAUCUCCACGAAGUUUCAGGUGAAUGACGGAAAAUUUCAGAGUCAUUCUGUAGCAGGCAUGCAAGCAUACGCAAGACAAGCUCUGCACGCGAAAAUCACAACUGAUGAAGCUUGAAUGACUUCAACACUUGUUCCUUACACACUCGUUUCACAGCCCCCAGCCGCCGCUGGAAACCCGGAGCACGAAGCUAUGUUGAAGAAAUUUGGAACGAACUUCUCUGAUGCUGAGUGUUGCAAGACCAUUGUUGCUGAAGGAUUCUGGUUCUCCCCUCCAGGAGCACCGCAGGUAUGAUUAUUACUAGUAGAUACGAAUAAGGUCGGUUGGAUCUUUAGGGUAUGAACUAAGAUGGAUACGGAUUUUGUUUUUCGAUGCAACCCUGCGCGGUAUACGGUAAGUGCGUUCAAAAAGAUCUAAACUGUCUCUCAGUCUCAUCAUCUUAUACUCUCCCUAUUCCAGUUCCCUCUCGAGACCUUCUGCGGUAUGAUGGGCGGUUACAAAACCGUCUUUCCCGACUGGACUCACGCUGUCGGAGCCGUCACCUUCGUUUCCGAGGAUGAAACUACUGUUAUGAGUGGAUGUUGGGUGGUUUUACAUUUAGAUUGAUGUUGUAGUUUAGGUACUUCAUAUAGUUUAGGUUACAGAUGACAUGAUCUUGCCCGUCUUUUCAGCCGGUGGCUUUCGAUGCCGAAACCCGUGAAUUACCUCGUCGUGUGAAGUACCUCGUCGUACUAGAAGCAGCUAGAGGUAGUUCCCUCCCUUCACCCUCAGUGAAGAAAAACCUCAAUCCACAAAAACCCUAAACCCUAAACCCCCUCUAACCCCUCCACCUACACCAUGGAGACGCAGCAGCGCAUCGGAAAGAUGCAAGCUGAUCUCCCGGAGAUGGGUCCGUUUCCGGCAUGCACCCUCGAAGAAGCUUUGGACCGAAUCAAGACCCAGGACACCGUCCUUCCUUUCGAAGUCGGUACCUACAAGGUCGACAAGGCUACUGGAAAGCUCCUCAGCGGUGACUACACUGGAGUCUUGGGAGCAACUGCGGAUGCCACCACUAUUAUGGAGACGGACAUGGAGAUGUUUGAGAUUUAGAUUUACAGUUUUCCAGAAGAGGGAGAUUUAGAUUCUUUAGAUUUCGUUCUUCCAGAAGAGGUGUCGCAAAUUUUUGAGGAAAUGUGAAGCUUCAAAAUCUAGGAGUCACGACUUGACCUUAUGCUCUUCGACCCGCUCUAACAAAUUGGACAUGGAUCCGCCGGUCGGUAUGGUCUGCCUCUACAAGAUGCUCGGCAAGGAGUUGCCGGCCCCGGAAGCCUAAAUUUCGGAAGCAGUCCUGACCGAGGAGCCUUCGAGAAGAUGAGUUCCUAGUGACUUGGAUUUCUCGAAGUAUUACAUGAUGUAUUUUCUGGAGAAAGCUGGAAACAAGAAAUCUAGGAGGGUCUACUAAUUCUAAUACUAUGUAUCUAUGUGUUAGUUUUUUCUACUUUUCAUAUGCUGCUAAAGGUAAAGGGACAGGGAGGUCUCUCUCAUCAUGGUUCUCUUGAACCACUAGCCCGGUGGUGGUGUUCCAGGCUGAGUAAUGUAGAUGGGGGUACUUAUCCAGUGAUACUUAAACGAGGAGGACAUAGAUUAAGUAAUAUCGGUCUGUCACACUCUACAUGAUGCAGGCUAGAAUAUGAUGUUUAUGAUGAAUGUUACUUCAUGAAUUAUUUUUGAAAGGAAAUUGUGAUGUUGCAUAUUAAGAAUACGCUUUUAUAUGAAAGACAACAUCUACUUCUAUCAUGAUCCACUCUUGACGAUUUUUUUGGACUUAGAGUCAGUUGUUUGAAAACAUGUCUGUGAAAAAUGUUUGCUCUACACACCAUUGAGGAGGUAUUACUAUGAUCUUGAUGAUUUAGAACUACGAUUAUGAGGAGACAUUCGCAUUUGCUUUUUUUGGUCAACCAGGAAAAAGUGAAUAGUUGUACUAUUUGAUCUCGGUGGUCAUUUAGAAUUGGGUUCUAUCGAUAGCAUUAUUGUUUCGGUCUUCAAAAUAUCAUGUAUUUUUAUGUUUGUGAGUUAUUGUAAGAUAUUGGAAUACCAUACUAAAAGGUCUACUUGUUAUACUAAAUAAUGAAAAUAAUACGCGAUCAUUCAAUCAAUCUCUUCUGCACAGAUGGCAAAUUUUCCACCAAAAUGUAGUGAGUUGCUCUUGCUUCUAGGCACCAAAUUUGGUGUGCUCUAUGGAACAAUUUCUAGAAAAUCUAUAGUAUAAUUCUUUGGAUUUCGAAGAAGAAGAAGAGAGUUUUCGUGGACUACAACGAGAGAAAAGCAGAACUACUACGAAUACAAUUGAACAGAUUCCAUCGCAUUGUGGCAGGAGGCGUCACUGCUGAGAUGUUUACUCCCAUGGUGUGACAGAAGUCAUUCUGCGAUUUGUUUAUUACUCCCGGGAAAAGAUAAUCAAAAUUUUUUGUUGGCUUCAUAUUGGGGAACGUUUUCACUUUAAGGGAAGAUGAAAAUAAGGGAGGAGAAACUAUGUUCUCUAAUGUUUUGUUGACAUUGAAUUCUGAGAAAAUAGGUGCGAG